UCAUAUGUCAUAAUUGUCAACAAGAAAAAGUCAACAAGAGGUGCAAUGACGACGUCCGAGCAAAUUGGACUGAACAAAACAUGGGAGUUGUCCCUGUACGAGCUGCACCGGACCCCCCAAGACGUCAUAACCGACAACACGGAAAUUGCGGUGUCCCCCCGGAGCCUCCACAGUGAGCUCAUGUGCCCCAUAUGUCUCGACAUGUUGAAAAAGACCAUGACGACGAAGGAAUGCCUCCACCGUUUCUGCUCCGACUGUAUAAUCACAGCUUUGAGGUCAGGCAACAAAGAGUGCCCCACUUGUCGCAAGAAACUUGUCUCGAAGCGGUCCCUGCGCCCCGACCCCAAUUUCGACUUGCUCAUCUCUAAGAUUUACCCCAGUCGCGAUGAAUACGAGGCCCACCAGGAACGAGUUUUGGCCAAAUUGAAUAAAAGUCACUCGCAGGCAGCUUUAGUCAAUUCCAUCACAGAAGGAAUUAAAAUACAGUCGCAGAAUCGCCCCAAUCGUUCGCGGAAAAAUAACGAAAUCGAUCGGAGUCACGGUGAAAACCCCGAAAAUCCCGUGCCCCAAAAUGAGAAUAACACAGUUGGGGCGACUCAGCCCCCCACUGGUGUGGUGAACAACGGCAGUCCGGCCCCUUCAGGACGCAGCACUCCAUCGCAGCCCCCCAGUCCCGUCUCGUCCAACGUCAGUUCGAUCAGCAAGUCGAUAAAGCGCCCCAAAAGCACUCUAACAUCCGAACGAAGCGAGGAGAGUGAAUCGAGCGAACGCACGGAGCAGACUGACACAGAGGGCGAAGGCCCGUCCGAACCCAUGACUUUGAACGAAAUCGAGCUGGUUUUUAAGCCACACCCCACUGAAAUGUCCGGUGAUAACCCCCUUGUCAAGGCUUUGAAGGAAAACUCCAUCAGAUAUAUUAAAACAACAGCAAAUGCCACUGUUGAUCAUUUGCAUAAAUAUCUGGCGAUGAGGUUGACUCUUGAUUUGGAUUCGCAGCUCCCGACGACUCACAGUUUGCUUAAUUUUUGUAUUUAUAUCUCGCCAACGGCUGGACAGUAUGUGCAGUUGAACGGAAAUCAGACUUUGGGGCAAGUUAAUGACAAGUAUUGGAAGGUGAAUAAGCCCUUGGAGAUGUAUUACUCGUGGAAGAAGACAUAGGGAACGCGGAAAGGGGGCAACACGAAGGCUCCCUAAGUGGCACGAUUUGUACGAUGUAAUAUUUAAUAAACAAUUAUUUAACGUC